UCUUACCAUCACUAAGCUAAGAAAAAAUUGUAAACAACGACGUGGACGUAGUAAAUUUAAUUAGGUUUUAUAUUAAUUUACACCUUAACAUGCAGUAUUUUGUGGUCUUUCUCAUGCUGGCCCUAAAUUGCCAGCAAAUCUAUGCCGAAAUGACGGCCGCUGAGUGCCGGGAGUUGGGUUUUAUCAAAGCACAACUGAUGUGCUCCAGUUGCGACAAACUUGAUGAUUUUGGACUGGAUACUUUAAAACCCCAUUGCAAGCAAUGCUGUACUUUGGAUCAACAGCCGGCUGUCCAACGGACCUAUGCCAAGGCAAUUUUGGAGGUGUGCACCUGCAAGUUCCGGGCCUACCCACAAAUUCAGGCCUUCAUCCAAAGCGGCCGGCCCGCCAAAUUCCCUAACCUGCAGAUCAAGUACGUAAGAGGUUUGGAUCCCGUAGUCAAGCUCCUCGAUGCCAGUGGUAAAGUUCAGGAGACGCUUUCCAUCACCAAGUGGAACACUGACACCGUGGAGGAGUUCUUUGAGACGCAUUUGGCAAAGGAUGGUGCUGGCAAGAGUUCAUACAGCGUGGUGGAAGAUGCCGAUGGAGACGAUGAGGACGAUUAUCUGCGCACCAAUAAGAUCUGAAUUUAACAAUGCGAAAUUAGUAGAUCAAUAAAUUCCGUAGUAAUUCUAUAAAUCAAACCACCAUUUUAAACAUAUAAGUCUAGAUCUUUGAGUUUUUAUUUGAAUAUAUGGUAAUUUUGAAAUUUAAAGAUAUCAUUUUUAUAUAUAUUUUUUUUUUUGCAUAAAAAGUUUAAAUUGAAUAUAAUUAUAUAAAAAUGCAGCUAACUGAGGAUUCGCAAAGGUGUAAAAAAAUAUGAGAUUAUUAACUUUAUUUUACAUUUAAAUAGAAUAUACACAAUACAUUUCUUUCUUUUUUCUAAAUAAACUGAUACCAGCACUAGAAACGUA